AUGCACACACGCUGGAGGAAGCAAGCAGGGCAGCCGCCGACAGUAAACACUCCGUUAGCGAAGGCAGGAAGCCCGGCUGCAUGCAAGCAGCACUCAAGGCAUUAUCACGCGGAAGGAGAGAGCGCCAUGUGCCCCCCAGGACUAACCCGGCUGCUGCUCUUCCAUCUGCUGCUGAUCAAGCUGCACACUGGCAAAGGCGCCGCCAAGGAGUGCGAGGAGGACCAGUUCCAGUGCCGGAACGAGCGCUGCAUCCCCGCCGUCUGGAAAUGCGACGAGGACGACGACUGCUCGGACAACAGCGACGAGGCGGACUGCCUGAAGAAAACCUGUGCAGAAUCAGACUUCACCUGCAACAAUGGCCACUGCAUCCCAGCCAGGUGGAAAUGUGACGGUGAAGAGGAAUGCCCUGAUGGGUCUGAUGAAUCAGAAGCGACGUGCACCAAACAAGUGUGCCCAGCUGAAAAAAUUAGCUGUGGAGACUCAAGCAACAAAUGUAUCCCAUCAUCCUGGAGAUGUGAUGGGGAAAAAGACUGUGAAAGUGGAAUUGACGAGGCUGGUUGCACUACUGUCUGUUCUUCCAAUGAGUUCCAGUGCAGUAACAAGACCUGCGUAGCCAUGAUCUUUGUGUGUGAUGGCGACAACGACUGUGGAGAUGGCAGUGACGAGAGGAAGUGCUCGCCACUCACCUGCAACCCUAAUGAGUUCCAAUGCAACAACAGCGUGUGCAUCCCAGAGCUCUGGGUCUGUGACAACCAGCCCGACUGUGAAGACCACUCAGAUGAAUUGAUGGAGAAGUGUGACUACAAAGUCAAGCCUCAGGUGCUGAACACCUGUGCGGCCCACGAAUUCAGGUGUGGCAAUGGGGAGUGCAUCCACUUGAACUGGAAGUGCGAUGGCGACGAGGACUGCAAAGACAAGUCAGACGAGCAGAAUUGUCCACUGGUGACCUGCCGCCCUGAUGAGUUCCAGUGUGGGGACGGGACCUGUAUCGAUGGAGCAAAGCAGUGCAACAAGGUACACGACUGUCCUGACAACAGCGAUGAGGCAGGCUGCAUUAACGAGUCCACGUGUGAAAGCCCCAGGAAGUUUCAGUGUAAAAAUGGAGAGUGCAUUGAUGGAGUCAAAGUGUGCGAUUCACAUAGAGACUGCAGGGACGGGUCUGACGAGCCUGUGAAAGAAUGUGACCAAAAUGAAUGUUCGAUCAACAACGGUGGGUGCUCACACAUAUGCAAAGACUUGAAGAUCGGUUAUGAAUGUGAAUGCCCUCCCGGAUACAAGCUUCUGGAUAAAAAAACGUGUGGAGACAUAGAUGAAUGUGAGAAUCCAGACGCUUGUAGCCAGAUCUGCAUUAAUUACAAAGGGGACUACAAAUGUGAAUGCUACGAGGGAUACGAGAUGGACACCCUGUCCAAGAACUGCAAAGCCGUAGGCAAGAGUCCAUACCUGAUCUUCACCAACCGCCACGAGGUACGUAAGAUAGAUCUGGUGAAAAGGGACUACUCUCGCCUCAUCCCCAUGCUGAAGAAUGUGGUGGCUUUGGAUGUGGAGGUGGCAACAAACAGGAUAUACUGGUGUGAUUUGUUCUACAGAAAGAUAUACAGUGCCUACAUAGACAAAGCCAGCGACACAGCCGAGCAGGUGAUUUUGAUAGACAGUCAGCUGAACUCCCCCGAAGGUCUGGCGAUGGACUGGAUUCACAAGAACAUCUACUGGACAGAUUCAGGAAACAAGACCAUCUCUGUGGCCACUGCUGAUGGAAGCAAGAGGACAACACUUUUUAGCACUGACCUAAGCGAGCCCAGAGCCAUAGCAGUUGAUCCGACACGGGGAUACAUGUACUGGUCUGAUUGGGGAGACAAAGCUAAACUUGAAAAAUCUGGCCUGAAUGGUAUGGAUCGGCAAGUGCUGGUAACAGACAACAUUGAGUGGCCGAAUGGCAUCACACUAGAUUUGCUGAAUCAGCGUCUAUAUUGGGUGGACUCCAAGCUGCACUUACUUUCCAGCAUUGACUUCAGUGGCGGCAAUAGGAAAGUUCUCAUCUCUUCUGCUGACGACCUGAGCCACCCUUUCGGAGUAGCUGUGUUUGAGGAUAAGGUGUUCUGGACUGACCUGGAGAACGAGGCAAUCUUCAGUGCAAACAGGUUGAAUGGCCUGGACAUCUCUAUUUUAGCAGAGAAUCUCAAUAACCCUCAUGAUAUUGUGGUCUUUCAUGAGCUAAAGCAGCCAAAAGCUCCAGAUUCCUGUGAGCUCAGCUCCCAACCCAAUGGAGGCUGUGAAUACCUGUGUCUUCCCGCACCGCAAAUCUCUCUCCAUUCUCCCAAGUAUACGUGUGCCUGUCCUGACAACAUGUGGCUGCACCCUGAUAUGAAGAAAUGCUACAAAGAUCUUCCAGCUGCCUCAACAACUGAGCCAGUUUCAACUCCGGUGUCCACCAUCACCACAACUAUGAUUUCCACCAUCAUUGCAGCAACAACUAGCAACACCAGCAAUGUCAGUAGAGAGAGCUCAAGAGCUGUAUCACAAUUCUCCAUCACAACCCCAGGUGUUGGCUUACCCACAACCACGUCUAGCCUAAUAGGCACAAAGAUAAUGACAACUGGAAACAGCAAUUUAUCCCAGCACUAUGCCAAUGAUGGGCAGGGUUUUGGAUCAACUGUUAGAGCAGCCAUUAUUGGAGUUGUAGUUCUUCUUGCGGUCAUUGGUUUGCUGUGUAUGGGAGGGUACCUCAUCUGGAGGAAUUGGAAAAGGAAGAACACUAAAAGCAUGAACUUUGAUAACCCUGUGUACAGAAAGACAACAGAAGAAGAGGAUGAAGAGGAAAUCCAUAUUGGGCGGACUGCACAAAUAGGGCAUGUCUACCCAGCACGUGUAGCAUUGAGCCUGGAAGAUGACGGGUUACCAUGAGGACCAUGUCGCUGCUCUAGUCCCAUACCUAAUGGCAUAAUAUGCACUGAACAGAUUCACUUUGGAUCAUGGAACCCUCCCCCGCCUUUCCUUUUCUUCCCCCUAAUUAAUUACUAUUUAUGUUGCAGAAGGGUAACCACAAAGUUAUAAUGAACUGCAAACAUCCAAAGGAUGUGAGAGUUUUGUAUGUAUAAUCUUUUAUACACGUUUUAACUUGUUGCACUACCCAUACGUGAUAGUGAAGAGGCUACUACUGCUGAGCUACUAACCCAGUAUACGUAACCAGCCGGGUUCAAUAGCUAUGCAUCAUUUUAAAACUAUAUUUAUAGAGGUUUUGUAAAUAGGUUGAACAUGCUUUGUGGCUAUCCAUCAACAUAAGUAAAAAAAAUUCUAUACAAGCGGUUUAGAAUAUUUAUUAACAAAAUUGGGAUAUAAGAUUUGUUCUGUAAAGAGGGGUGAGAGUAUUUAUUUUUUGUAUGUUUGGCUUGCUGUGCAUAUAUCUGUCUAGACUAGAUAGAUAUACAGACAUAUAAAUAUAUACAUAUAUAUACAUAUAAAUAUAUUUUAAAACUACUAGCCCAAGUCUAUGGGAAUUAGGGGGAUUGAAUUCUUAAGGAAUGUUUAUGGAAAAUUUGCUUUGAAGUCUAAAGCCACUGGAGUAAGAAACAGCUGUACAAUAGGAUAGUCAAUGAAUGAAGCACUCCCAUAAUGAAUUUCUGCUGUCAAAAUGGUUUACUUUGUAUUUCAAGCCCAGACAAAUGUACUGGCCCAGGACUCAGGCACUAGCACCCUUGAUUUCCUUUUUUAAAAAAUCUUUACAUCCAAAAUGUCUCCAUACAGUGACUUCUCUUCACUUAGUGUAUCUCACAUAGAAGAAACUCCUAUAGGUUUCAACAUAGCUUUACGCCGUGUCUGUCUCCAUGGAGGUUAUUUGGUGUAGGAUUUUUUAAGAAAACCUAAAUCUGUCAUUUUUUUUCUCCUCCAUGGGAAUCUUUUUUACAGCUUAUAAAAAGUGAUUAUUUUCUCUGUCUGGUAGUCAUAUAUCAACUCCCUGGAGAUCGCUCAUCACAAAAUCUUUUAUUGCUGUGCUGCUACUGAUUGUUAACACUGUUUAAAUGAAUGAAGUGUUAGGAAGCACAGAGAUGCAGUCCAACUUGCAUACCCGGAAUUCACAGCAGGUAUAUUCCAAGUGGCUGUAACUGGAACAUCCAGCACCAUAACAGUGCAUUCACCACAGCAGGUUGUCCAUGGAAUGUGGAGCAACAGGAAAGGGGUUAAAGAACAAAAUGUUCAGCAGACUGCCCUCGAAUAUACAGCUCUUGGUAGGAUGGCUGAAAAGGUAACUGGAAAAAAAAACAGAACAAAAAAUCCUUACAACAGUGGUCCCUAAACUGUGGGGCGUGCCCCUCUAAGGGGGGCAUGGCAGAGCUCAGGCCAGCCCCCACAGGGGACAGGGAGGGAAUGCCAUCAAGCUCUACUCCUGGCCCUGACCGUGGCCCUGCUUCCAGCCCCCAACUGCGCUCCUGGGGGAGGGUGCAGACCAUUGGGGGCGGCGGGGAGGAGUUUGGGGACCACUGCCUUACAAGACCUUUCACUCUCACCUGUUCCUAAAGCUGAGCAACUCUGGGACUAUCAUACCAGUGUUAGAUGACCUGGCACCCCUUAGGCUAUUCUCUCCAAUUGGAACAAUGGUGGAUGUGCAAAGUUCUUCUACUACAAGUCCAUGCACUGUGUGCAUGAAGGAAAGAACAAAAACUGAGCUGUACAUGUCUGUGAUAACACUAACAGCAAACUGUAAAUAUGUUUGAAGGCUCUAAAUUUUGAUACUUUUUUAAAAAAAUAAAAUAAAAAAACUGUACAAAUGUGUGUAUAAAAAGCAGCAAUUUUUUCAAACUGCUUUAAAUUAAUUUGAUGUCCAGUGCUGGUUUCAAACUUUACAGAUUUGUAACCAAUCAAAAGAAGUCAGCCACCAAAUUUGUUUUUUAAAUAAAUUAUUUUAAACAGUUGGGAUUGUUGGGACAUUGUUUAACACUGUAACCAGUUCUGAUCUCUGUCCUGUCAUAAUGAAGUUCUGUUAGAAUGAGUUCUUGCUUGGUGCCUUUUGUGUUUCAGUUUUCAUUUUAUGGACAAAAGAAUUGCAGGAGUGGGGGGGAGAAUAUGGUCUGUAUAUCGUUUGCUGUACUUACAUAAAAAGGAGUACUGAAAACCAAAUGAAUUCAUUUGUAAAACAGUGCACUGUUUCCACAGAGAGAUUAAAUUUUUUUUAUCUGGGA